UCUACUCACUCAAUCGCCUCAACUGAACGCCAUCUUCUCCCCACUACAGCGUAUCCAGACCACCCCCGAUUUCAUCCUACAAGCAUCCUAGAAGACCACCAAUCCGCAAGAAUGCCUAAUACCUUCUCCAUCCACUAUUUCUCAACCGCAUCCACGUACACCAACAAACACACCGAGACCCUCCCCGCGCCGCUCCCCCUCUCCAAACUCUUCGAAACCCUUGAAACGCUAUACCCCGGUAUCCGGGGAAAAGUGCUCGUUAGCUGCGGCGUGAGUCUUCGGGAGGAGUAUGUGGAUGUUGAAGAGGCAGAAAGCGAGGCAGCGAAGGGGGUUGAUGGAGGGGUUAUAAUCGGGGCUGGGGAUGAGGUUGCUAUUAUUCCGCCUGGUUUUGCUUGGAUUGGGUGUUGUUGGUGUGGGUUUGAGAUUUGAGGUUUGGAGGUUUGGGAUACCCGGGUUGCGUUAGUUUGGGGCGUUGUUUGGGAACAUAGAAUAAAUACACUUUAAGGCCGGUUAUUAGAUUGGCGCCAACCAUCAGAAUACAAAACAAAUUGAGAAAUACAAUCAUACACAUGCAUCGCUGUCGGAAUAAAGAGAGAAAAACAAACAAACAAACGACAAAUGGAAUACAUGAUACAUGCCGGGUCGUGGUCCUAUUAAUCCUGCGUCAUUUUCAGAGGGUUGGGUUGAGUGGAUGUGCUUCCUUCUCUUCAUAACCAAUAUGAGUUGGAUGAAGGGUUAUGAGACCGGAUGGUUUCAAUCAACCCUCAAGCUUCUCCGCCCCAGCGCUAGCUGCCUUCUUUUGGCGCCAUAAGCAGACACAGGAGAUAACCG